UUUCUUUCACCGGCGUGCGCUGUCUCACUAAGGAUUCUUCUCUAAAAUUGAACCUUUUAAGAAGCCAAAGAAAAUCAAGUGACUCUUGCAAGUUCUUACUUAGGUAAAGCACAAGAAGAGUGUUCUCAGUGUGUGUGAGUGUUUGGACAGAUGGAGGAAGAAUUGAAGCUAUUGGGUAUGUGGGGAAGCCUGUAUAGCCGGCGAGUUGAGAUGGCUUUGAAGAUCAAAAGGGUCAAAUACGAGUACUUAGAGCAGGAGAUAUUCCACAAUAAGAGUGCUUUGCUUCUCAAGUACAACCCAGUGCACAAGAAGGUACCCGUGCUUGUCCACAAUGGCAAACCCAUUGCGGAGUCUCAGAUGAUUCUCGAGUACAUUGAUGAGACAUGGAAGGACAACCCAAUUUUGCCACAAGAUCCAUACGAGAGAGCGAUGGCUCGUUUCUGGGCUAAGUUCGUGGAUGAAAAGUGUGUGCCAGCUCUCUGGAAGUCCUGCAUGAGCGUUGGGCCCGAGAGGGAAAAGGCGCAGGAGGAAGCAUGUGAACUCUUGAGCACUCUUGAAGGUGAGCUCAAGGGCAAGAAGUUCUUCGGAGGCGAGAACAUCGGGUUCGUCGACAUCGUGGGCGACGUCCUCGCGUACUGGGUUGGAGUCCUCCAAGAAGCGGUCGGGGUCGACGUCUUGACCGAGGACAAGUUCCCCGUGCUGUGCAGGUGGGCCGAAGACUUUCGGAAUUGCCCGGUCGUGAAGGAGAAUCUGCCUCCAAGGGACAAGCUCUUGGCCUUCUUCAAGACUCAAUCCGAGAUGUUAAAUAGCCUUCAGAAAAAAUGAAGUCCACGAGUUUUGGGUCAUCCUUGGGUCGAAGUGUGAUUGGGUUCUUGUGUUCGAGUCAGGGCUUUUUAAUAGUAAAAAAGCUGAUACCAGUAUAGUGUUUCAGGAGUCUUGCAUCUUGAUAGAGAUGGCCCACGAUAAUCAUGGUUUAAUCAAGCAUCAAUUUGCUGUAAUUUCGGUGUUUUUCGUGCCAUAUAUGUCCUAUUUACUGAAUAAAUGAAGUUGAAAAUGCUUUUUUCCUUCA